GGUGAAGCUGAAGCGGGCCAAUCCCACUUAAGCGCAAGAUCAUGGCGGAGGGUGAAUUGAACGUGGAUAGCCUCAUCUCUCGGCUCUUGGAGGUGCGGGGAUGCCGUCCAGGGAAGAUCGUUCAGAUGACGGAGGCAGAGGUCAGGGGCCUGUGCAUCAAGUCCAGGGAGAUCUUCCUGAGCCAACCCAUCCUGCUCGAGCUAGAGGCUCCCUUAAAGAUCUGUGGAGACAUCCACGGGCAGUACACAGACCUGCUGCGGCUCUUUGAAUAUGGCGGCUUCCCCCCAGAGGCCAACUACCUGUUCCUGGGCGACUACGUGGACCGGGGCAAGCAGUCGCUGGAGACCAUCUGCCUGCUGCUGGCCUACAAGAUCAAGUACCCCGAGAACUUCUUCCUCUUGAGGGGAAACCACGAGUGCGCCUCCAUCAACCGCAUCUACGGCUUCUACGACGAGUGCAAGCGCCGGUUCAACAUCAAGCUGUGGAAGACCUUCACAGACUGCUUCAACUGCCUGCCCAUCGCAGCCAUCAUUGACGAGAAGAUCUUCUGUUGUCAUGGAGGUCUUUCUCCUGAUCUGCAGUCUAUGGAGCAGAUCCGCAGGAUUAUGAGGCCUACAGAUGUCCCUGAUACAGGUCUCCUGUGUGACCUGCUGUGGUCGGACCCAGACAAAGACGUGCAGGGCUGGGGGGAGAAUGACCGCGGCGUCUCCUUCACCUUCGGGGCCGACGUGGUCAGCAAGUUCCUCAACCGGCACGACCUGGACCUCAUAUGCAGAGCACACCAGGUGGUGGAGGACGGCUAUGAGUUCUUCGCAAAGCGGCAACUGGUCACUCUGUUCUCAGCUCCCAACUACUGUGGCGAGUUUGACAACGCAGGAGGCAUGAUGAGUGUGGACGAGUCCCUCAUGUGCUCUUUCCAGAUCUUGAAGCCUUCAGAGAAGAAGACCAAGUACCAGUAUGGGGGGCUUAAUUCGGGCCGUCCUGUCACCCCUCCCUGCACAGCCCAGGUCCCCAAAAAGAGGUGAAGCAGAAAAAGAAGCUUGAGUGACAAGGAAGAGGACAAGCGACUGAAUCGGCAAACAGCCCCAAAUGAUGUUUCCUUCCUGUCCUUUCGCUGGGAAGGGAAAGAAACCUAAGUCCAUAUUUGCAGCAGAAAUGCUGCCCUCUAGUGGUUAUAGUACAUUAGUGCUUCCACCACCAUGAGUACACAGGGCUGUGGGCCCCACAUAAGGGAUCAUGUACUGAAGUCUGACCCAUCUGGAUUUAUUUCUCAGUUUUGAUCAUACACUUACAUGUUGGCACACACAAGAAUUUCAUAUGUUUGCAUGGCACUCUUCGGUGUCCCUUUUACAAAGUGAUUUUUGUUGCGUGUUCGUUGUCUUUUCAUGUUCUUUUCUUCCAUUUCCUCGAGCUGUGGAGUUCUGAAUAAGGCUGCCUCUGUAUAAAUGGAAGAGUGCUGUGAUCUACAGGCUUGGAGAAGCAUAAACCCCUGUGUUUUUCUGUAGUGCUUUCUAUUCUGUCUUGUGAUACUAGUGUCAUCACUUACAUUACAAAAUAAAGUGGGAAUACGAUACAACUGGUAA